CGCGCCCGCGGGGCUCCGGGCCGGGCCGUCCACCCUCCCAGCCGCCGCCGCCGCGUCCCCGGAGCCUGCGGGCGGCGCGGAGGCCGAGGAGCGCUCGCUGCAGCACAUGCUGCGCGCCAUAGCCGAGGAGCGCGGCCGCCUCAGCCUGCGCCGCGAGGUCUGCGGCCUCGGGUGCUUCAAGGAUGACCGCAUCGUCUUCUGGACCUGGAUGUUCUCCACCUACUUCAUGGAGAAGUGGGCGCCGCGGCAGGACGACAUGCUCUUCUACGUGCGCCGCAAGCUGGCGCUCGCGGGCAGCGAGGGCGCCCCCGACGGGAGGAAGCCGGCGGAAGCCGAGCCCGAGGUGGAGGUGGAAGUGUACCGGCGGGACUCCAAGAAGCUGCCGGGCCUCGGGGACCCCGACAUCGACUGGGAGGAGAGCGUCUGCCUGAACCUCAUCCUGCAGAAGCUGGACUACGUGGUGACAUGCGCCGUGUGCACGCGCACCGACAGCGGGGACAUCCACGUCCACAAGAAGAAAUCCCAGCAAGUGUUCGCAUCUCCCAGUAAACACCCCAUGGACAGCAAAGGGGAGGAGUCCAAGAUCAGCUACCCCAACAUCUUCUUCAUGAUCGACAGCUUCGAGGAGGUGUUCAGCGACAUGACUGUGGGGGAAGGAGAGAUGGUGUGUGUGGAGCUGGUGGCCAGCGACAAAACCAACACGUUCCACGGGGUCAUCUUUCAGGGCUCCAUCCGCUACGAGGCGCUCAAGAAAGUGUACGACAACCGCGUGAGCGUGGCUGCCCGCAUGGCACAGAAGAUGUCCUUUGGCUUCUACAAGUACAACAACAUGGAGUUUGUGCGCAUGAAGGGGCCACAGGGCAAAGGCCAUGCUGAGAUGGCGGUCAGCCGCGUGUCCACUGGUGACACGUCCCCCUGCGGGACCGAAGAAGACUCCAGCCCGGCUUCGCCCAUGCACGAGCGGGUGACCUCCUUCAGCACGCCCCCGACCCCCGAGCGCAACAACCGGCCUGCCUUCUUCUCCCCGUCCCUCAAGAGGAAGGUGCCGCGGCACCGGAUCGCGGAGAUGAAGAAGUCCCACUCGGCCAACGACAGCGAGGAGUUCUUCCGCGAGGACGGCGCCGGGGCCGAUCUGCACAGUGCCACCAACCUGCGGUCCCGGUCCCUGUCUGGCACGGGGCGCUCCCUGGUGGGGUCCUGGCUGAAGCUGAACAGAGCAGACGGGAACUUCCUUCUCUAUGCACACCUGACCUACGUCACUUUGCCGCUGCAUCGGAUUUUAACAGACAUCCUGGAGGUCCGGCAGAAGCCCAUCCUGAUGACCUAGCCGUGCGCGGGGCCUGCGCCGAGCCCCCAGCCCUGCCCAGUCCUGGGAGUGCUGCCAAGUGCCUACCUGUCCACCGCCACUGGGGUCUUCGGGGACCACCCAGCGCCGGAGCCAGAACCAGGCGGGGCUGCUCGACUCCCGGGGCCAGGGCCGACUCCACGAACACCAGCCCAAACGGAAGUGCCUCGUUCUCCCUGCUGGCUCCGCUCCCACCCCUGCGCCCACCCAGCACCCCCCGGCCCAUCUCUGAGAAUGCUCUGCACCCAAAGAGGACCAGAGACACCAAGACGCCGCAACAGAGCAGAGGAACAGCGGCAUCCAGAGCGCCCAGACCCCCGCGUGCCGCAGGAGCCCAGGCAGAGCCCCCUCGGGGGCGCCCGGUGGGUCAGACCGGGGUCAGGUUUGGCAGGGCCGUACUGUGAGCUUCAGCAUCCGAGUCCGCCCCCGCCACCCGUCCCCUGCUUACCACUUGGUCGUAAGUGGGUCUCUGCCGGGAGCCAGGCGCCCUGCUGUCGGACGGCUUUGCUCUGGGCUGGGAAUACCUCACCCUGCGCCUGGUCCCCGAGGGCCCCGAUCCCGCCAGAAUGGCCUUCGCUUCCAGCCAAAGAGCAUCACCAACACACACACCUCCAACGUGGAGACAACCCGUUCGCACCUCGGCUGGCACGACCCGCGGAUUUGGAUUCUGAGGGCAGCCGGGAGGGCUUGGCAGCCAGAUGGCAGAAGGGCAGGGCCGGUGUCCCCCGGAAGGUUCCAUCCUCUGAGGCUGCAGGAGGGGACAGGGAGUUUCACCUUCCCUGGUUUCCUAGAGCUUUUUUCCUUGGGGCGUGCUGGGUCCGUUUCUCAGACCAGUCACUGAGGCAAAGAGCUGGUCUGGUCUGGUCUGGUCCGUUCGAGUGGGCAGCCGUCCAGCCCGGUCUCACUCCAGCCUGAGGGGCUUCCGUCUAAGGUGACACGUGUGCUCUUCCCAAGAGCAUGAGCCCCGGAGAUCAGAAGUGGUCCUCCUUCCACCGGGAAUGAGCCGUCGGCUGGGUCUCUGCUGUUUCAUCCGCGUUCUCGGGAACAUUCACAGGGUUCCUGCUCUGCGGUUAGAGGUUCUCGGGGACGUGUUUUCCUGUCCAUUUCUAUUCCGUGCGCUCCAAGGGUUUGCGCUGGGCUCCGGGAACAGGGGACUACUUUGGGGCUUUCUCCAGAUUUUGUAUGCUGUUAUUAAAAGCGAGCUAAUGCAUUUCAUCCUGCCUCAGUUUGCCCACCUGUAAACGGGGCUGAUACCACCUACCUCACUGAAGUCGCCAGGUUCCAGUGCACGACCGGUCAGGGUGAGAUGGCCCGCCAUUCUGCAGAGCUCAGCGCAGGUCAGGGUCAGGCUAGCGGGGUGCCUGCCCCCUCCAGUCACCAGGCCAAGGAGGCGUGUGGGGGGGUUGGGGACGCAUUCCUGCCUUUUCUGACAGUGCCCCGCUGGGCUGCUGUGUCUCGGCUCCCUGCACGACUUCUCGUUCCAAAGCAGCAUCCUAGGGCAGCAGAGUCAGCUCACAGCCCAAGGUGUUGGAGCGCAGCCUCAGGGCCGGGAGCAGGGCCCGCACUGCCCCGCUUGUGUCCGAGGCGGCUGAAUUGCCGCUUUUCUUCUGGUUGUCUGGGGUCUGAAGACUCUGGAACUCCGCUCUCGGGAGGAAUGCAGUCCUGAGGUGCUUCCCACGGGGGGGACGAGGUGGUUUUAGGCAGGAAGUCGGCUCCUCUGUUAGGACACAAACCUAGAUUCUGCCCCAGGGGGAACUGGGGGCGCGGGGGCAGGAACGUGCGGGUGUGCUUGGCAGGUCUUGGGCUGCGUGCCAGGCACGGUGGUGGAGAGAUGGCACCUCAUCUGUGAAGUGUGUGAACGGACGCACACAGGGCUUGGAGGGCUUACAUCCAACUUUAGGUGGCACUUGGCAUUUGCAGGCGCCAUGCAAAGCAUUUAGGUCCUGUCAUUACCCCUUCUUAGAGACGAGGCACAGAGAGGGUAGGUGUACUGCCCGAGUCUGAACAGCAUGCAAGACACAGGAGCCCAACCCAGGCACGUGGUCCAGGGGACACUGAGCCAUGACACUGCUUUCCCAGGACAGACGCCUGAAUGGUGGUGGAGUGGACCUUUCUCAGUCUUAAAUCUUCUAACGAGUAGGCAGUAAGCUGUUUCUCUGCUUUUGCUACUUUCAAAGUAGUGACAUCAGUAACGUAGUAGUAGAGGAACAAGUGACACGGCCAGAACCGGGGCCCCGACAUCCCAGGGUGGCCUGGUGUUGACACGUCUCACUUCCUGUGGGGCCAUCUUUCCUUUUCCGGGAACGCCCCUGUCUGUAUAACGUGGGCACGGUGCCCAGGGCAUGUGGACAGCUCUUCACUGGGGCUGGAAUCUCGCAAUCAGUUGUCCUUUGAAGAAACCCGCAACCUCUCACUGUCUUGUGACAUUAACAGGGAAGGCAACCUUUUUUUAGAGACACGUCGUGGUCCUGGAGGCAGCGGGGGCACAUCGUCUCCACUGCCACCUCCUUCAGCACUGGAAGGUCCUGGCAGCGUUGAGCCUCAGCCUCCGGGGUCUCAUGGGGCUUCCAGUUCCCUGUGAAAACCGCUGAGGCUUGUUCUCUCAAAAGAAGAACAUUAUUUUAUUGAAAACGUAAGUCACAGAGAAGUAUUUGAAUGUGAGAAAAAGCAAAAUAUUCGAUCGCAGCCAGCAUGGAGGGAAGAUGGGUUUUCUGACGAGUCGGGGCCUUGCUCACCUUCGGGCUUGUCAAGGCCGGUUAACGAAUCAUCAGAAUUCAGACGGGUUCCCGUCCACGUGGAGCAAUGACGAAGACAGAAAGGCAGGCGGCUCAGAAUCUGGCUGGAAUUAAACCAGGAUCUGUUUUUGCUGUUUUAAUCACAGAUAACUAGUCAGUAGGCUUUUUGGAAGAGUGACAUGAAGGCUUUUUUUUCCCCAUGAAAAGACAUUUCAGAGGGCGGUCCCUGUGCAGUUGGCGUGUUCUGAUGACUUCGAAAAACACAUCGAUGGUAUCGCACCGUGGUGGGUUUAAACUGCAGGCCACAGUUCAAGGACUGGCACCGUCAGCUGCCUAAUGCACCUCAGUAGUGGGUUUCACUCUGACAUACGCAUAUUCUGUUCAGGUUUCCAGUGGAGCUGGAAGGUAGUUUCAUACCCAGUUUCAAAACCCAAGUCUCUUGCUAAGACGGUCAGCCCCGUCGAGGCCCUCUCGUCUGUGUGUCGGGGAGCAGAAUCACUUCUCUUUAAAGACCACCGCCCUGACUGGACACAGACUCUGAGUGGAAUGUACCCGAGCAGAGGCAGCCUUCGGAGGGGACAGCCUCUGGGAGUCAGUGACAGGCGCUGGGCCAGCCUUCCUUUGUUCCUUUUCACUGGCAGACAGGAUCCUCAGUGGAGAAGGGGCCCUGCCACCGUCGUCGUCGUCUGCGCCCAGGGACAGAAAGCUCUGGGGACACCACACACGAGCCAAGUCACUGGAAGCCCAGGCUCCUGGGGUGGGGCUCGGCGUCCUCGGGCGUGGAGGUGUUUGUGUUUACAGGUUUCUGCCCUCCCCGGGGCAGGCAGCUGGGCAGGCAGCCCAAGCUCAGUAGAACAAAACCAACCGCGAUGCGCCGCCUUGGCCGAGUGGGGGCGAGUGUCUUCUGCCCCACGUCUGUAAGGUUGGGCGAUUCAGAUGUAAAUACUAAUCUUUUAUGGUUUCCAAACAAAUUCUAUGUAUGAGAACGUGUAAACCUGCAAAGAAAACCUGUUGAAGAUUUUUCACUACCUUGAGGUUUAACUAAAAUGAUUUCUACAAAAUAUAUUUUAGCAAAAACACCGUGACGGCAUAUACAUUGGCUACAUUCGGAUUUGAUGGGCAGUGGUAUUUCCAUAAACAUGGUCAACAGCUUCUGGAUCAGCCAUCUUCCACGUCCAACAGAAGUAACUUCUACACAGUAUUAGUGGUUGGCUGUUAACUGUGCUUUAUAGACUCUGCGUUUCUUUUGAAAGCUGAUUUGCAUGUUGGGUAUUAUUUAUUUCUUUAAUGAAGCUACCUAGUUAUUUUUUCCUCUGAUGGAUGUUUCAGAUUAAAUAUGGAUGUUAUAGCAAUGUGUUAACUUACUGAUUGAACCUCAGUUUUCCCCCAGAGAUUCCUUGAACUCUUUUUUUUUUUUUUUUUUUUUUUGCACUUUCAUACAAAUUGCUUUCUUGAGUGACAGAAGCCGCCCCAUGCCCUGGCUUUGGCAGGCCCGGGAGGCAGCGGGGGGUCUGGAGGCCAGCAGCUGCAGUUUGGUCAGAUGCUGGAUUUGCAAAAUGAAAGAUGUGUUUCGGGUUCAGCUCUUGGCCCCUGUAAAGUAGUAUGCACCCUCCCUUAAGUUAUACUUAAAAUCUCACAAGCUCUUGCUCAAGAACCUCUCAGAAGCCCUCGCAGAAGUGGGAAAAUGACUAGAAUAAAAGUCUGGUGUCUCACGUUCUAGUUUUGGCAGCUUCCCAACAAGCUACCUGGUCUCUGGAGGCUGUUUUUUAGACAGUGGCUCUUGGUUGCUUUUCCAGCUCCACAGUUAUCAGGUCGAUAUGGGGGCAGCUCACACCUCUGCCAGAGGGGCUUCUGCACGCUCACUGCAGGUGGAAGCCCUCUCAGCAGCGGGCUUUGGCUUUCCAUGGUCAGGCGGCCGGUCUGGUCACGGGCACAGGUGAGGCCUGUGAUCCCGUAGAAGGCUAUAAAGAAUGACAGAAUAAAAAGGGGGCUCUGGGAGGUACACACACAAAGCUAGAAGUCGAUUAAGGGUCAUCACGUCAAAUGACAUCGCUUAGGCGUUGCUGGACACACCGGCAUCAGAAUCCUCUGAAGCGGCCUGAGCACCUGCAGCCUAUACAGGACGGUGCUCGGGAAGGAGGCAGGUUAGCGGGUAAAGAAGGACUUUCUUGUUAUCCAGUCAGCCCCUGGCUAAACAGGUCCUUUUAAGACAGCCGCCUGAGGAAUAUUUAACAGGUCUUUGGGGAGAAAGUUGCUACCCUGGAAGCCACCUGCCGCGACCGCAUUCCCGUCUGUGUGUCUGUUCUGAUUCCGGCCUAGAUGCACUUCUAGGAACUACUGUCAGGCCCCAGAAACAUGUUGACUGGAAGGGAAAACCUUUGGGAAUUUUACACUGGGAGGAAGGGUAAGUGUAAAAUAACUUAGUCCCUAAAAUAAUGCGGUUCAUUGUCUAUACACGUGUUGAAUGUACAAACGUGCUGUACCUUGUGCUGGAGUGUCCAAAUGGCAGCGCAGCUGGCAAGUUUGUGAGGAGGGGAGACUGUGGGCAUGGCCACACCCAGAUGAGGUCUUCUGUUCCAGCUUCACCGAAUUCCCUCCUGACUGGGCCUCUACCUGGGCCAGGAUCAGCAAGAUACGUCCUUCCUUUCUGUGGAUUAAGGGUCUUUCAUCUUGGAAUCUGACUUUAAUAAAACAAUGAGAUUGCUCAGUUUGAAAUACCAUGGUGUUUUAGUAAACAUUAGUGAUUAUACGUGCAGUGAAUAAUUUUCUUAAAAAGAUGUCGGCCCAAUUCAGGACCAGUGAAGCGCAGUCUGUAAUGGACACAUACCUAUACCUUCAGGCGGCACGCUCGUCUUGUGAGCUUUUUAGGGCCGCACCUGCGGCAUGUGGAGGUUUCGAGGCUAGGGGUCUAAUUAGAGUUACAACCGCCGGCCUACACCAGAACCACAGCAACUCGGGCUGCGGGCUGCGUCUCCAACCUACACCACAGCUCAUGGCAAUGCCAGAUCCUUAACCCACUGAGUGAGGCCAGGGAUUGAAGCCACAUCCUCAUGGAUACUAGUCGGGUUCAUUACCUCUGAGCCUCGACGGGAACUCCCCCUCCAGGUUUUCUUCUGAACUGUAGACUCACCACCUACCUUCGCAGAUGCGACGACGCUGGAGUUGAGACGUGUGCUGAGGCUGGCACAGUUCCUGGCACCUGGAGAAUCAUUCCCCCUAAAUUGUGCCAAAAGGGUACUUCUUAGGUUGUCUUUAAACAAGUCAUCUGGGGAGCACAGAGGUAGCCCAGUGGUUCUCACAUUUGACAUGUGUCCAAAAAACACCUGUUAAAACCCAGGCCUCUGGUGGUAAAAUAUUCUGGCAUAAGCUAGUAACUAGGUGAUGGUUGCACAACUCUGAAUAUACUCAAACCAGCUGAGCCAUACACAUUAAAAAAAACCAAAACAUGUGCCCAGGCCCCUGCCCAAGGUUGAUUCAUCAGGGGUAGGUGGGGCCUCCAAAUCUGCAUUCCUAAUGGGUCCCUGGGUGCUGCUGCUGCUCCAGGGGCCACCCCACAGGGCCAGCCCUGCAGUGCUGCAGCCCUGCCACACAGCUGAGCACCUAAGAGGCCGGGUGCAUCUGAGUCACUGCUUCUCCUCAGUCUUACUCCCUUAGUGCCUUUGGCAGUUUCCUUUAUAGAUGUUAUCAGUUCCAGAAGAAUCCUUUGAUGGGUGACCUAGUCUUUUUUUUUUUUUCUCUUUUUGCCUUUUGAGGGCCACUCCUGUGGCACAUGGAGGUUCCCAGGCUAGGGGUCGAAUCGGAGCUGUAGCUGUAGCUGUCUGCCUACGACAGAGCCACAGCAACAUAGGAUCCAAGCUGCGUCUGCAACCUAUACCACAGCUCAUGGCAACGCCGGAUCCUUAACCCACUGAGCAAGGCCAGGGAUUGAACCCGCAACCUCAUGGUUCCUAGUCGGAUUUGUUAACCACUGAGCCAUGACGGGAAUUCCAGUCUUUAUAUUUUAACAGACGGCACCUUUUAUCAACCACCUAAGUGCUGCAUAACUCAGGACUGUUUUAAAAAUGAGAGCCUUACUCUAAAACACUAUCAUAAUUAUACUACAAUUUAAUCUGUUAAGGCCUUAACAGUGAUUUUCUAAAUCACCAAACUUAAGGUUACAUAAACUCAAAAUAUGUAUUUUCUUGAUCAGUUUGAUCCCUAAUUUAAAAACGUCCCUUCUGGACACAGAUCCCAACUCCCCUUGUCUGGAAGAAACCUCACCUGCCUUAACUGUAGCUCCUUUGAAGAGCCCACGUCUGGAAGGUCUGCUGCAAGCACUACAUUCGAGACUACACAAUAAGCUUCUAGCACAAUACCCAAUGAAAGCGUUAUUCCCGUUCUCACUGAAACGUGAAGCCAAAAGAAACCCUCGAAGGGUCUGGGAUGGGUCUCCUCCAGCACAAGGGGGUCUGACAACAAGUGGGCUGGGCCGCCUCCCCUCCCGGCAGACCUUCCUGCUGUUGGGAGGCUUCUGGGCACUGCUUCUGCAUCGGGCACUGGCUCUGCCCCCCGCCAGGGCUUGACUUGGGCACUUCAGUGGUUUUACGGCAUUACAGCGCCAGGUGCGGCACGGAAGAACACCAAAGUUUCAAACACUGCGAUUCUGCUUACUUUCCCUUUAUUCACAGUUCACGAUCCGUACACUUCCUCAAUGGGAUCAUUCAAAAGCUAAUACAAACUGAGAUUACACUGACAGGUCAAGGAUUUGCGUUUUAGGAAACGAGUUCCUAUUUAAAACAGAAAGCAAACGACUCCCCCACUUGAUUGCUACGAAGCUUCCUGUCUCUGCUGCAACGGCGUCUGCAUCAAACGCAGGCUCCUCGGUCCCUACGUGAUCACCACUGGCCACAGACGUACACGGGGCCUGGUGCUCAGAGGACCGCGCGGGAAGACGUCUGGACAGGCCCCCCACUGCCCCCGCUGGUGCUACAGGACAAAUCCAUUUCCGCCGGGAAUUCUCACUUCUAGAAUGAGGAUGACUACCAGGGGUUAGGGAAUGAGCCGCUUAGUUUGCAAAUCUGCAGAGCCUUCAAAAUACACCGUGCUUACAUUUAUUUGGAUUGUUCUGAAAUACAAUCAUGACUGGCAAGUGCUCAAAAACAAGCAACUUAUUUAUCUCUAAAACGGAACCAAAAGGCUUUCUCAGUGAAAAUUCAUUCUGAACUCUUAACAGUAAGGUAGAAUAUUAGGUUUUUUUCCCUCUACCCCAGAACAGGUAGGUAUUUUUGGCAUGCAGCAUAUCAAAAAUAUGAUCUGGAAUUGAAACUGUAAAACAAUAAUCCUUUGAAAGAAAAUUAGUUAAUAAACAUACCUGUCCUUCCACGGGAAACACAAUCUGAACUUUAAACCCUGGACACACAUUUUCAACCUAGUUUAAUUCCAACACUCCAUUUUGGCUUCAUGGGAAAUGGCUCAAAAGGAGGAGAGAACA